AUGAAUAGAAGUCGUCUGAUUGCACCUUAUAGGGGAGUGCGAUAUCAUUUAAAAGAGUACUCUGUUCGUCCCCCUGAAAAUGCUAAAGAAUUGUUUAAUUUGCGACAUGUGUCAUUGCGAACUGCUAUUGAAAGAGCAUUUGGUGCACUUAAAAAGAGAUUUCCUAUCAUAGCAAGUACUACAAAGUCUAAUUAUUGUGUUAACACUCAAAAUGAAAUCAUUUUAGCAUGUUGCAUACUUCAUAAUUAUUUAAUGGGUGUCGAUCCUGAUGAAAGUCUUAUUGUUGAAGUUGAUGAAGAGGUUUUGCAUUCUCAUUGUGAAUGUGUGGCCCUUACUCCAAGAGAAGAUGAUGAGGAUGCUAGGCGAGGAGAUAUUAUAAGAGAUUCUAUAGCAUCAGCCAUGUGGCAAAACUAUGUCCAAAUGUGA